AUGGCCACCGAUUCUGUCACCCUCAUGGCAGUGUCAAGCUCCGGCCCCUCCUCAUUUAUCUCACCAGCUGCUGAAAACAAAGCAGCCCAUAUCAACUUUGAAAUUGAAAUCACUGUCAGUGGCCAAGAAUCCAUUGAGCUUUCGUUUACUACGCAAAUUAUCAAGCUUUGCCAUGCAGAUCAAGAAGAUGCUUCCUAUAUGAACAUCUCUCUUGGCUCGGAUAAAAUACCUGCUUGCUCGCGCACUUGA